GUUAGGUUUAUCACCCCUACAAAAGUGUACAACGGCUAUUCGAAUGCUUGCCUACGGGGUAGCGGCGGAUUCGCUUGACGAGUAUGUGCGAAUUAGUGAAAGUACAGCUCGAAUAGCAUUGAUGAAAUUUACGAAGGGGGUCAUCAAGAAAUUUGGUGCGGAGUACUUGAGACGGCCUACUCCAGACGAUUUGGCUAGACUACUCAGAUUCGGUGAAGAUCGUGGAUUUCCGGGCAUGGUUGGUAGCAUAGAUUGUAUGCAUUGGGAAUGGAAAAAUUGUCCGACUGCAUGGAAAGGACAAUUUCAAGGAAGAGGUGGUGUUGCUACUUUAGUUCUUGAAGCUGUUGCUGAUCGUGACUUAUGGAUAUGGCAUUCUUUCUUCGGGAUCCCAGGUUCGUGCAAUGACCUAAAUGUUCUUCACCGAUCUCCUGUGUUUAGGGAUGUUUUAGAAGGUCGAGCACCCCCGUGCAGUUUACGGUGAAUGGUAACCAAUAUGAUAAGGGUUAUUAUCUCACUGAUGGUAUAUAUCCGAAUUGGGCAACAUUCAUUCAAUCAGUUACAUGUCCUCAUACUCUCAAGGACAAGUUAUUUGCUCAACACCAAGAAGGAACUCGAAAAGAUGUAGAGAGAGCAUUUGGGGUGCUGCAAUCUCGGUUUGCUAUUGUUCGUAAACCAUCCCUCGCAUGGGAUGAGGAAAUUCUCAAUGACAUCAUGUUGUCUUGCAUUAUCAUGCACAACAUGAUUGUAGAAGAUGAACGAGAUACAUAUGCACACUACGCAGAUACUACCGAAUUCAAUUCCAACACAAGUAAUAAUGGGGACGAAUUUGAAUAUUAUCAUGAUCGGAUCGUAGAUAUCAACCAGUACAUGACCAAUAGAGAUGCAAUUGAAGAUCAACAUGUGCAUCAUUCCUUGAAACGUGAUUUGGUUGCUAAUAUAUGGCAGAAAUUUGGUAGGAAUGCUAAUUAAGAGCAAUUUAUGUAUUUCUUUCUUAAUUAAGUUUUAUGUUUUUCGUUUUUAGUUAAGUUUUACGUACUUUUUUUCUUAACUAAGUUUGUAAUUGUCGCACCAAUGUAUCAUUUUAUGUAUUUCGUUCUUAAGUUUGUAAUUGU